AUGCCUUUGCAGGCCACAGACAACUGCAGUCCCAGUACCAGUGCUUUAGGCUUAUUCUACAAGUUAAGCGAUUCUGCAUUGACAGUAAGAUUCAUCACCAAGCGAUUUAUUGGUGAUUAUGACCCUACUCUAGAGAUGAUUUACAGGCACACAGCAGUCAUAGAUGGAGAGAUGGUUCAUUUUGAAAUUCUUGACACAGCAGGGCAGGAGGAAGACUCUCUCCAAAUUGAAGAAAAGAUAAAGUGGGGAGAUGGAUUUGCAGUAGUUUAUUCUGUCACUGACAGGUGUAGCUUUGAUGAGGUGAUGAGGCUGUGCUUUCUCAUCAACCAUAUCCAUUCUAGCCCAAAGCGGAACAGUGCUAGUGGAGAACCGCCGGUUGUGAUUGUUGGAAACAAGAAGGACCUACAAUUUGACCGAAUGGUAACCUUUGAGGAUGGAGAAAAUCUCUCCAAGGCGCUGAAGCAUCCUUUCUACGAGAUCUCUACCAGGGACAGUUAUGAAGAGACUGUGAUGGUCUUCAACACCCUACAUGGUGAGCUGAUGAAGCAAGGGCAUUUUUCCCCAGGGUCCUUCAAGAGGCGAGCAUCAUCUAAAUUAAUGGAAAAGAUUCCCAAAAUUCAUGCCAAUUCAAGUCUAACUUCAGCAGGCAGGAGUCUCAGCUUCAAUUCAUUCAGGGACUACAUCCCAGAGUGAACAUUUGUCUAAACUGUUGUACAGUGAUGUUCAAAGCACACAGAGCCAGUUCGAGAUAACAAGGGAGAGGUUGCAGAAUUGGUAGCACAAAGGGCAAGAGGC